AUGUUCUGUCUCGGAGCAUAUCUUGGCGCAGCGGUCGUGUUCUCAGCACGCUCCACCUUGGCGACUGCUACUUCACCUGGUGCAAGCACUGGAGUUCCUUCCAUCACAUUCUCGACGGUGGUCCCGUCACCUUCUGCCCCACUGACGAGUGACCUCCCGAGUCAGGUACCAUUGCCGCCCAUCCAACCAUGGUGUCCCAGUGAAAUCUUUUGUCCAGGACAAAUUCUCCAGACUGUCAACAUCGCGGAUUUGUACGUGGAUCCGAAAACGUUUGUUGACAAACCAACAAACUCUUCAUCAGAGAAUGUGGUCUCUGCAUUCAACAAUCUUCUCAACUCUGCCGGAAAUUCCACUACGCAAAUUACCAUACAACAAAUUGUGGACUUCGUCGACACGAACUUCCGUGGGGAAGGUUUGGAAUUGGAAGCUACGGCCCUUUCGAACUUCAACCCGAACCCGCCAUUCCUGAAUAACGUGACGGAUUCACUGGUCAAGUCAUUUUCGCAGACUGUACACGGGUUUUGGACACAGCUUGCACGUCAGACAAACGAAUCGACGCUCUGCGGAGAGGGAGGCAAUGAUUGUGAAAGUACACUCAUUCCGUUGAACCACACGUUUAUCGUUCCGGGAGGCAGGUUUAGGGAACAAUAUUAUUGGGACUCUUUCUGGAUUGUGAAGGGACUCAUUGAGUCCCAGCUCUUUGACGUGGUCAACGCAACGCUGCAGAACUUCAUGGACGAAUUAGAUAGAGUUGGUUUCAUUCCGAACGGUGGACGAAUCUACUACCUCGAUCGUUCUCAGCCUCCGCUAUUCAUCCACAUGCUCUCGGACUAUGUGCAGGCGUCUCAUGACACUAAAAUUCUAGAACGCGCUCUCCCGCUUGCAGAGCGCGAACUUGCUUGGUGGCAUUCGAACCGGACUCUUAACGUAACGAGCCCUUAUACGAGCAAGACUUACGAAGUCUCAAGAUAUGAUGUGAACAACUCCGCUCCUCGGCCAGAGUCGUAUUUGACCGAUUACGAAACUGCGAACGGUGCUGACCUGCCUACUCCUCUCACUGAUGAUCAGAAGGCAGAUCUAUAUGCACAACUCGCUACCGGAGCCGAAUCCGGAUGGGAUUAUACAGCUCGAUUCUUCAAGGAGCCUCUCGCUGGAGGUACAAACAACACGAACCCUGGUUUGAGGACCUUGAAUAUUCGGAAUAACAUCCCAAUUUGCUUGAACAGCAUCCUUUACAAGGCACAUCUUCUCCUUGCUGGGCUUUACGAACAAUCCUCUUCAAAGCAGGACACGUCAACCAAAGAACGUAUUACAGCUCAUAAUUCAGCAGCGCAGAACCUGCGAGCCGCUAUUCUUGACCUCUUCUGGGAUUCAAACAAGCUCGCGUUUUACGACUUCAACCUGACGUCCAAUGCCCGCAACGACAUUUUCUCGACUGCAACCUUCUAUCCAUUCUGGACUGGUAUUAUCCCGGAUGAGCUUUUGUCUAACGAGACUGCAGCCUUUGGCGCGUUUUCGUCAAUCAACUUGGUCAUGAAGCACUACAAUGGAACGUUCCCGACGACUUUCCUUGAGACAGGUUUGCAAUGGGACGCACCAAAUUCAUGGCCGCCACAUCAGCAAAUUAUGCUCGAGGCGCUUUCGAACAUACCUUCUAACAUCUCCACCACGCCCGUACCAGCGAGUGGUUCUUCAUUUUCGCUGAUUCCUUCGGGCCAGCUUGGGAUCGACGUGAGUGCACUUCCCGGACAGCCACUCGCAAGUGGUGGAAACGCAAGUGCUGGGGCAGAUAUAAAUACUCUAAAUGGUACAGUCGUCAACGGGGGCAACGCAACAGAAAACGAAACAUGGGCCGCCACGCUCCAACGUGAGUUGGCGAACCGGUAUAUCACGAGCGCGCUUUGCAGCUGGCACGCUACGGGUGGUUCUAUUCCUGGUGUCCUUCCCCGUCUAUCGGACGCGGAAUUGAACGUUACGCAGAGUGUCAAUAACACCGGAAACAUGUUCGAGAAGUUCUCAGCUUCGGACGUCGACUCCGCCGGACGUGGUGGUGAAUAUACAGUACAAGCCGGUUUCGGUUGGACAAACGGCGUUGUCCUUUGGGUGGCUUCCAGGUACGGUAAAGUGCUAGCCGCGCCGACGUGUCCUCCCCUUCUAGCGGCAGGUGACACAGGUAGUAAUUCAAAUGCUGCAUUCCGCGCUGUCGAAACAGCAUCGGUUUUAGUGUUUUCCAUUUAUCCUUUCGUGAUCCUGAUUGACGUUGUGUGUACUUAA